AAUCGGUGGGAUUUCCAACCGAACUUACGACUUGUCACCUUCUUCCUUCAUUCCCCAAACAGCCGGCUGCAUUGCUAUUUACCCCUUCGCCCCCUCCCCUCCUCUCCUCUUCCCUUCCUCCCCCCAAACAUGCUGCCUUUGCUAGCCGCCACUAUCUUCCUGGUCCUCGGUACCAGCUUCUCGGCUGCCCCCGGCCAGGAUGCCAAGGAGACUCGGUUCAUCUGCACCUCCCUCCCGUUGGACGCGGAUCCCAGCUGCCCUGUGCCACCCAUCCCCAUCCAGGCCGGCUCCCCCUCACACGAGGUGGACCUCCGCGCCACGGUCAUGCAGCUGAGGGAGACCAUCCUACAGCAGAAGGAGACCCUGAGCCACCAGAAGGAGACCGUCAACGAACUGACCGGCAAACUGAGCAGAUGCGAGAGCGCCCAGAAGGAAGCCAAAGGGAGCAGGAGGAAGCCGUUUGACCGGCCGAACGGCAAAGACACAAUGGGCGACCUGCCCAGAGACCACAGCAAGGUGGUCGACCACCUGGGCAGGACCAUCCAGUCUCUCAAGGACAGACUGGGGAGUCUAGAGCAACAGGCACGGCCUGACAUUUCCAACCAGGCGCUCUCCGGCGAUCUCCGUGAGCAGCUUCAGCGGAAGCUGGGGGAGUUGGAAAGUCAGCUCCUCAACAAAGUCUCCGAACUGGAAGAUGAGAAGUACGUGCUCCUGAACGAGACGGCGGCACAUCGUUACAAAACGGAGUCGGUGCUGAAUGCCUUGCACGAGAGGGUCACGGAACUAGAGAAAGAGAGCAGUGCGUUUAAGGCACCUGAUGACUUCAAGGUAUCAUUGCCGUUGCAAACUAACUACCUGUAUGCCAAGAUAAAGAAGAGUCUGCCUGAGAUGUACGCCUUCACCGUGUGUAUGUGGAUAAGAUCCCGGUCAUCUGCCGGCAUUGGAACUCCCUUCUCCUACGCAGUGGCCGGUCAAUCAAAUGAAAUUGUCUUCAUCGAGUGGGGAAAGAAUCCAAUAGAACUGCUUAUUAAUGACAAGGUUGCUCCACUGCCCUUGACUAUCAAUGAUGGCAAGUGGCACCACAUUUGCAUAACGUGGACCACCAGAGAUGGCAUGUGGGAGGCUUAUGAGGAUGGCCAAUUGCGUGGCACGGGAGAGAACCUAGCUCCUUGGCAUCCAAUCAAAGCGGGUGGUGUCCUCAUCCUGGGCCAGGAGCAGGACGCAGUUGGAGGGAGGUUCGAUGCAACUCAAGCCUUCGUCGGGGAACUGAGUCACUUCAACAUCUGGGACCACAUUCUCACGUCCGGCGUCAUCAGGAGUAUAGCCAACUGCUCCGCCAAACUUAGCCGGCACGUCAUUCCCUGGAUUGACAACAAUGUGGACGCGUUUGGUGGAGCAAACAAGUUGCCGUUGGAGACCUGCCAGGAACGUUUGGUUAGUUCCUGAACAUCACCAGGCUUCACAUAAGUGCCCCCUUUUUUGGUCUUGUACAGACAACGUACUGUGAUAUGGGUCAAAGUGUAACGGUUUCCCAGUCCCAUUUCCACACCUUUGGAGGGAGCAUUGUUUGUGAUGUUAUUUCUUGAGAUCUCAGUGACACUGUUGACCAGAUGCACUCUCCAUUUGGAUCAGAAGGUCCCAGGUUCAAGAUCUACACCUGAGAUCUUAGCCCAAAGUCCAACCUGACCCAACCCCAUGCCGCCCAGAGGUCAGAUGGGUCAUCCUGAGAUCUUGCAGAAACAAAGAACCGCAGAUGCUGGUUUAUACCAAAGAUAAACACAAAGUGCUGGAGUCACUCAGCGGG